AUGGAUUCAGGAGCUCUUGUUAAACAGCUGCAGGCAGCACUGUUCCCUAUCUGUUCGAAGGGAAGUUACCUCAGCAGCUUUCUACAGAACACUCUGAAAUCAAAUCAAGUGGAGAUCAACACUGAUAAUAGGACUCUGCGACCAGUUGCGAAGUUGAAGGAACCACGUGAUCUGUUUGCCUUGCCUAAAGAAUUAGACUGUCCACAGCAAGCUGCUCGCUGGCCAACUGAAUGUCAGGUAUUAGAGGAAAGAGUACAGCAUAUUGAAUACGUACCUGCAAUGCCAGAACAAUAUUAUCAGCCUACAGGAAGGGAAGUACAACCAAAACCUAUUGGAGAAGAGUCUGGCACAGUUGUCUUUCAAUACUACCCCAUGAGUGCUGUCAAUUAUUUUAGCCGCUCUAGUGUUGGAGGUAGCAAAUACUUUAUGGAUGCAAGUCCUGUUGAGAAUCCAGAUGAACUACGAUUUGAGUCUCGUUUCGAAUCAGGUAAUUUAGCAAAAGUGGUGAAGAUUACAGACACUUACUACGAGCUCUAUCUUCGUACUGACCUGUAUACCAAUAGACACAUGCAAUGGUUCUACUUCAGAAUAGAGAAUACACGAUCCUGCAUAAUGUACAGGUUCUCAAUAGUAAAUCUUUCAAAAGCAGAUAGUCUUUAUAGUGCAGGCAUGAAACCUCUCAUGUAUUCUACAAAAGAUGCUCAAUUAAACGGCAUUGGUUGGAGACGAUUUGGUGACAACAUCACUUAUUUCAGGAAUGAUCCAGUAAAUGGGGAAGAAGAUCAGGCUCCUACAUACACACUUACAUUCACAACAGAAUUUCCUUAUGACAAUGACCUAGUUUAUAUGGCACACUGCUACCCAUAUACAUACUCCGAUCUGCAGGACUAUUUAAUCAGACUCCAGAAUCAUCCAAUAAAGUCAACAUACAGCAAACUUAGGUUAUUGUGCCGAUCCCUGGCUGGAAAUAAUGUUUAUUACUUAACCAUUACAGCACCAUCUUAUGGGGAAGAAUCAAAGAAGAAGAAAGCAAUUGUAGUAACUGCACGUGUUCAUCCUGGUGAGACUCCUUCAUCGUGGAUGAUGAAAGGAUUCAUGGACUUUUUGACAGGCGAUAGUGGACAAGCAAAGGAGCUCAGGGAAAAAUUUAUUUUUAAACUGGUGCCGAUGUUGAAUCCUGAUGGAGUGAUUGUUGGGAACAAUAGGUGUUCACUUACUGGGCGUGACUUAAAUCGUCAGUACAGGACUGUGAUUAGAGAAACAUACCCACCAGUAUGGCACACAAAAUUAAUGAUAAGACGACUGAUUGAGGAAUGUGGAAUUGAAAUGUACUGUGAUCUUCAUGCACACUCACGAAAGCACAAUGUAUUUAUGUAUGGAUGUGAAAGCAGACGCAUUGGGGACAGAAGGCUGCAAGAACAAGUGUUCCCUCUGAUGUUGCAUAAGAAUGCUGCUGAUAAGUUCUCAUUUGAGAACUGCAAGUUUCGUAUUCAAAGGUCAAAGGAAGGAACAGGUCGUGUAGUUGUGUGGAUGAUGGGAGUUACUAAUAGCUAUACAAUGGAGGCAUCAUUUGGUGGUUCAACUCUUGGAAGCCGUACUGAUACUCACUUCCACAGUCAAGAUUAUGAACAGAUGGGUCGUUACUUUUGUGAGACAUUGUUGGAUUUUUGUGACCAGGAACCAAGCAAGAUUGUUAAUGCCGCGAAAAAGGAACGUCUCAGGGUUAAAAUAGUAACACGCCUUAUGAAGGAAGGUUCCAGUGCCGAUGAGCCAACUAACAUCACACUCUCAGAUUACUCAAGUGAUGAGGGCGAUACAAGCAGUUGUUCUGAGGAUGAAAUGAUGCAUUACAAACAAGAAUUCACAGAUGAGUGUUAUCAGUCAUUGUCAGUACCACCUCCAUCUCCUGUCCUUCCUCACCGAGAGCAUCACAAAACAGCAAACAAAGAAAGAUCAGUCCCUGAAAAAACAACUCCUUCACCUCAAAGAAAAGUACUUCAGGUGGGUGAAAAAAGUUUAUGUGCUUGA